AUGUCAUUUGCGUCACAUAGUACAGAAUCCAUUCAUUUGAAGGAAAUUCGUACUAAGCCAUUAGCCGACGGUGAAAUAUCUAUGACGGAUUUUUUAACAGAUGAAGAUAACAGACGAGAUAGAGCAAAUUCAUUUAUUUGUCGUAGUACAUUUCGUCAUGCUCCAGCAAGUCAAGAACUACAAAUAUUUGCACGUAUUAGACCACGAGUAUUUAUCUAUGAUCAAGACACAAUUGAAGAAAAAUAUUACAAUUCCAUUGACAGUAUUCCAAUAAUAAAGGAUAAUGAAUGUUUAUGGAUUGAUGUCAUUGGUAUGCAUGACACACUUUUACUAUCGAGUAUUAGUCGACGAUUUAAGAUUCAUCCAUUAGUCAUACUCGAUGUCGAAACAAAUGAACAACGUACAAAAUUAGAUGUUUUCGAAGAUGCUUUAUUUCUUGUGAUUAAAUUAAUCUAUCCAGAUCAGGUCACACAAAAAAUACACAUUGAACAAAUUUGUUUUUAUUUAAAAGAGAAUAUUCUAAUAACAUUUCAAGAAAAAUCUAAUGCUAUUUUUGAUCGCAUCAGACAUCGCAUUCGUCAAAAUAAAGGUCGCAUUCGAAGAUCGAAAAUUGAUUACUUAUUUUAUUCAUUGAUUGAUACUAUCGUUGAUAAAUAUAUGGAUGUACUUAAUAUAGUUAAUAUAGAAGUCGAAGCAAUUGAUCAUGAACUAAUGAAAACUGUAUCACGUGAUACACUUGAAACAGUUUAUGAUCUUAAACGUGAUAUGCUUAAUUAUCGUCGUGUAAUAUCACCAUUAAAAGAAAUAAUAAAUCGACUACAAAAAGAAGAAGAAACACAAAUAAUACAAGAAAGUACAAUUAUUUAUUUAAAAGAUUUAUUCGAUCACGUUGUACAAGUCACUGAUACAAUUGAUAUAUAUCGUGAAAUGCUUGCUUCAUUUAUUGAUUUUUAUAUGAUGUUAAAUUCUAAUGCUAUGAAUGAAGUUGUUAAAACAUUAACUAUUAUUUCAACAAUAUUUAUUCCUUUAACAUUUAUUGUUGGUGUAUAUGGUAUGAAUUUUCAUAAUAUGCCUGAAUUACAUUGGAAAUAUGGAUAUUUUGUUGUACUUAGUGUUAUGGUUUUAUUAACAAUUAUUAUGUUGGUUUGGUUUAAACGAAAAAAAUGGUUUUAA